AUGUCUGAAUCAUCAUCAGAAUUAUCAAAUAUAACCCAAGAAGCACAUCGACUUGUUUCUAUUGGAAAUUAUAACGAAGCAUCUAACAAAUAUUCUGACGCUUUAGAGAUUGUACGCGAUACUCACGGUGAAUUGUCUGUUGAAUCAGCUGCACUCCUCCUCAAAUACGCUGAAUCUCUCUACCUACACGCUGUAUCCCAAUCUGACGUCAUUGGUAAAUCUGAUGAGGCAGGCGACACGGCAGAUACGGCAGACGCGGCAAAUGCAGCACACACAGCACACACUCCAAGCACAAGCAAUGCAAGCACUGCAAACACUGCAAACACAGACAAUCUCAUUCAGCUAUCUGACGACGACGACGACGACGACAACGACGAUCAAGGCGAUGACGACAACCAGCCUGAACAAGACCCCGACCACUCCAACGAAGACACCCCCGACGACGACUUCGGUGCUGCAUGGGAAGUUGCCGACCUUGCCAAAGUUAUCUACCAAAAGUUAGACGGCGAUAACAACAAACUCUGUCUCGCAGAUGCACACAUGCUUCUUGGUGACAUAGCACUCGAGUUGGAGACAUUCGAAGCAGCCGCACUCGAAUACAGCAGCUCGCUCGAGAUUAAGAAACUAAUUCUCAACCCGACUUCGCGAGUACUCGCAGAAGCGCAUUUCAAGCUUGCCAUUAGCUAUGAGCUUGUACCAGGCCAUGUCAGACGCGAUACUGCACUCGUGCAUGUCCAAGAUGCCAAAGAGGUGCUCGAUGGGCGUCUUGGCGAGUUGAAAAAGCGCGUUGAAAGUGGUGCACCUGUGGAGGUGUCGGGUGAGAAUGAAAACAAUGACAAACCCGCACUUAGAGAACGCGUUGAGAGAUUGUCAAUCGAGGAUGCCACCAAAGAGAUUAAAGACAUCGAGGAACUCAUCGGUGAUCUUAGAGAAAAGAUUGCCGAACUCGAACAACCCCCUCCUCCAGCUUCUGAAGACCCUUCCAAAUCUACUGUCGAUGUCCUUGUCGCUGAAAUGGAUAAGGCUAAACAAUCUGUCGCUAGCGACGCCCCCGUGAAUGUACUCCAACCCAAGAAAAAGCAGGACAAGAGGAAAGCCGAAGAUCAACCUGCGAGCGAGGCUGACAAGAAGGUGAAGAGUGACCCUCACGCUCACCCAGGCAAAAAAACAGAAACAGAAAACGAAGAAACUCCAAACUAG